AUGGCGUCGUACGACACUGGUUAUGAAGACGAACUAUUUCAACAUCCUGUCGGCCCGAGCUCUCAUUGUGGUAUUUGUUAUAAUGUUGUUAAAAACCCCGUUAUGUGUCGUCAUAAUGAACAUCUGUUCUGCCGAGCUUGUAUCACCAGACAUCUCAUGAACUCCCAGACAUGCCCUUCGUGUUUGGAACCACUCACCAUUGACACUUUGAGCCAACCAUCGCGGACCGUAAUGAACUUACUGUCGGAAUUGAAAAUUCAUUGCCAAUUCUUCAACCGUGGUUGUGAAAAGUUUAUCGAGUUAGGAAAUCUGGGCAGGCAUGUCGCAGACUGUGGGUUCGCCCCAGCAGUCUGCUCGAACGAAGGAUGUCGCCUCGAAGUGAAUAAACAAGAUUUACUGCAUCAUGAAACAGCUGUGUGUGAACUACGCAGAGUUUAA